AAACAGCGUCCGCUGCCAUUUCACGCUUUUCUGAUAAAAAUGUUUUAAAUCAAAAAGUGUUAAUUAAAACCGAAAUCAAAGUCAAUGUGGCUGUUGUCGCAGACGGUUCGUGUUCGUGCGCGUGAACCUCAAUAAUAAACAAAUCGCUUGCAGCAUCUGUUCAAAAAUAAAAUAGCACUCGCAUCUUCUGAGUUUUGCUUGCGACGGCAGUUGGCGCUCGUGAGCGUGCUUUUGCACUCAUACAUACGUGCAUAUAUAGAUAUAUUUUUGUGUUUAUGUUCUAUCUGACAUUCUGUGGCAUCUCAGUUGUGAAUGUCAACCACAAAGUGAACGAGCCAACAAAUCACGGCCCAAAGCAAAUAAACAAGAAUCAUUAAAAAAAGAAAAGAAAAACAGACUCUUGCUCCCGCUCGCGAUUUCUCUGCAUUUUAACAAAAUAAUUGCAGCAAAUAAUACAAUUAACAUAUUAAUAAUUAUAUUUAUAUAUAUAUACACCAGUAUACACAUAUAAAUAUAUAAUARCACUUGCUAGCUGGCUGGCUGGCGGGCGAGCGCCAUGGAUGAUGAGUUUAAGCUUUGCUGGAAGAACUUCCAGGACAAUAUUGCCAGCGGCUUCCAGAAUCUGUACGACCGCGGCGAUCUAGUGGACGUCACGUUGGCCUGCGAUGGAAAGCUGCUGCAGGCGCACAAAAUUGUCCUGGCCAUAUGCAGUCCAUACUUCCAAGAGAUAUUCACGACCAAUCCCUGCCAACAUCCAAUCAUCAUACUCAAAGAUGUGAGCUUCAAUAUUAUGUGCGAGCUGUUGGAGUUCAUGUACCAAGGCGUUGUUAAUGUCAAGCACACGGAGCUGCAGUCGUUUAUGAAGAUUGGCCAACUGCUGCAGAUCAAGGGGCUGGCGACCAAUUCGAACAGUCCGCCCGGCUCCAAUGUGUCCGAGAAGUCGACUGGGCAGGCGACAAAUGCCGCCGCUGGCGCCGGCGAUGAGCCUAGCAGCAGCCAGAGCAACAAUGGCAGCACCAACAACAACAGCAACAGCAACAACAACAACAAUAGCAGCAGCAAGUCCGAUACAGAACAGAAUGAGCCAAAGAGCAACUCGCGCACACCCACAGCCUCGCCGAGCACCUGUCGAACGGAUGUAAAUCACCUGUUAUACAUGCAAAACAAGAGAUCAGCGGCCGCAGACUUCAGCAGCGACUCGCUGUCGAUCUAUUCGCGCAAGCGGCGAUCUCUGGAUGGCAUUGAUAAUACGGACAGCGGGAGCAUGGAGCACGCAUUGAAUGCGGAGGAAUUCUUUAUGCCACCCAUACCUCACAUCUCGAUGGUGGAGCCGCGCUACGAUCUGGGCAGCCUGAAGCGCGAGGGUGAGGGUCAUCACAGCAGCGUUGGCAGCGCUGCCGGCACGAGCAACAGCUCGGCAUCCUCUUCGACAGCGAUGGGCUCGCUGCGUAAUCCGUUUGCGCAGGCCUUCAAUCUGGACUACAAUAACUUCUACAAGGCAACGGGCAACAGUGGCUCAGCUAGCAACAGUUCCAGCAAUUUGCCAGGCARCAGCAGCAACAACAGCAGCAGCAACAACAACAGCGGAGGCAACAACAACAACAGCAGCAGCAGCAGUGGCCUUGGCAUUGGGCCAGCCACCGAAUAUCCCAAUGAGCUGUAUAUGCCCAGCGACUACUCCAAGAACUUUGCCAAUCACAUGGACAUACCGUCAAAUGGGAGCAACAUGGUCAUGUUGUCCACCACAUCGCUGCUGCACGGUAAUUGCGUGUUCAACCGCAACAACACCGUCGCCACACAGCAGGGCAUGAAGACCUAUUGGCUGUGCAAGUCCUAUCGGAUCAGCAUGUGCCGAGCGCGCUGCAUCACCCAUCUGGGCAGGAUCAUAUCCGCGACGGGCGUGCACAAUCAUAUGCCGCACAUGCGAGGCGGCAGCGCUGGCAACAACAACAACUCCAGCAGCAGCAAUGCGAACAACAACAAUAGCGGCAGCGGCAGCAAUUUAGUCACUGUCACGCCCAAUCCUAAUCCUGGGCAGGUCAGCUACGAUGUCACGCCCACAACUAGUGUCCUGGAAAUGAAUCAUCAUGGCCCAGUCGGACGGUUAGGCAGUAAUCCGUAUACCAGUCAGACCACUCCAACAGCCGCCCUUCCCAUUGGCCCGCAUCAUCAUCACCACCACCAUCCCCAUCCCCAUCAUCAUCAUCAACAGCAGCAGCAACAGCAGCAGCAACAACAACAACAACAGCAGCAACAUCAUCAGCUGACGCAGGCAUUGCCCAAUCUUCUGGUGCAGCAUCACAGCAUGGAUCAGCAUGGCAUGUCAGCAGGUCCGCCGCCUCCGCCUCCACCUCAGCCGCCAGCACCGCCACCGCCAACAGCCACAGCGGCCGCAGCAGCAGCCGCYGCCGCCGCCGCCGCAGCAUCACACAGCGUCAUCCAGAACAUGAUGCACAACAAUCCAAAUCUGAUGCACUUGCCACAGCACUCACAGCAUUCACCACACUUGGAGCUGGGAGCAGCUGGCUCCACGUUGUUGCCUCUGGCCGACCAGAGUCCACAGUCGAAUCGGAGCAAUCACUCCGCCUCCAUGCAUGCCAACGAAUCGCCGCUGGGCAUGAAGAGUCCGCCGCCUACUGCCAGCCAAAUGGAUGCAGCCGAGCAGCAGCAGCAGCAACAGCAACAGCAGCAACGGCAGCAUGUGGAUAUCAAUGCCAGUGCAGAUGGCUCGGCGGAGAGUGCUCAGGUCAUCGACUCCAUAACGAUAUCGCCGGGCAGUGGACACAACUUCAAGAUCGAGAACAUCUAAAGGAAUUAGCUCAUAAGUUGAUGAUAAUUUAUUGCGGCUGGAAGCCGCUUAGUUAGUCUGUCUAGAUGAAAUUCAUUGAUUUAAUUUUCGAUUAUUUGUAUGUAUGUAUAUAUAUACGAUUUACAUAUGUAUGUAUGUAUGUAUGUACC